CCCCCCACGGUCUGGCUUUAGGUGGUACAGGCCGCAGAUAAAAGGAGCGGGCGUAGGCCACUCGGAUCGUACUUUUGGUUACCCGACUGCUGCUGUUGCGGUCUGGGAGCACGCGCUACCUGUCUUUGUAGGCUUGGAGCCCGCCCUCCUUGCAGGUAUAGUACGAUGCAGUGCGGCACGGUGCGUCAUGUCCUCUGGAAAGGCUUACAUUGGAAAACCAGCCCCUGACUUCCAGGCCACUGCCGUGGUCGAUGGGGCUUUCAAGGAGGUGAAACUGUCGGACUAUAAAGGGAAGUAUCUGGUCAUAUUUUUCUAUCCACUGGACUUCACCUUUGUGUGCCCUACGGAGAUCAUCGCCUUCAGUGAUCGGGUCUCAGAUUUCCAUCAGCUGGGCUGCGAAGUCCUUGGUGUAUCUGUGGAUUCCCAGUUCAGUCACCUAGCCUGGAUCAACACCCCUCGAAAAAUAGGUGGCGUGGGUACUUUGAAAAUCCCCCUGUUGGCAGAUGUAACCAAAAACCUAGCUCGAGAUUAUGGGGUGCUGAAGGAAGAAGAAGGCAUUGCCUACAGGGGCCUGUUUAUCAUUGAUGCUAAGGGCCUUGUCCGGCAAAUCACAAUAAAUGACUUGCCUGUGGGUCGCUCAGUGGAUGAAGUUUUGCGACUAGUGCAAGCAUUCCAAUUCACAGAUGAGCACGGAGAAGUAUGCCCAGCAGGCUGGAAGCCUGGAGGAGAUACUAUCAAGCCGAACGUGGAAGACAGCAAAGAGUAUUUCUCUAAGAACAACUAGGCAAGCAGUACUGCUGCCUUCUUUGCUCCGGUGGCAAACCUUGAUAUGGUGAAGGAGGCUUCUGCCCCUCCUGGGUAGUGGUCCUUGUCCCAAAUCCCCUCUUUAUCUAUUUUCCCCUUAUAGAGGGGGCAUGUAUGGGAGAGGAGGAAGGGACCUAUGUCUAAUAAACGUCUGGGAAAAUCAAA